AUGUCCGCAGAAAAAGCAACCCAAGAUCAUAAUCCUUCAUUGUCACUGACUGAAUCACUAUUUCCACCACCGAAGGCUUUUGGAAGUGGAGCAAAACCUGCGUUGCAAUACAGAAGUGAUUCUCCUUGCUGGGAUUGUGUUUUCUCGAGAAAUGGGAAAUGGCUUGCAGCAUGCUUCGGCGCUCCUGAGACAUGUGUUAGAGUUUGGGAGCAAAAAGAUGACGGUUGGCAGCUCCAUUCCACCUUAGAAGGAAUACAUACGAAGACGAUCCGAUCCAUCGCUUUUGCCCCGAUUUCCGCUAAUGAUGUAAUUGCAGCGGCCUCUUUCGACGGUAGCGUCUCUAUAUGGGAAUUGACAAACGACCAGCAAAACAAAGAAUGGGAAUGCACCACACAACUUGAAGGUCAUGAAAGUGAAGUUAAAUGUGUCGUCUGGAAUUCAACUGGCUCACUUUUGGCAACCAGUGGGAGAGAUAAAAGCGUUUGGGUCUGGGAAACUUUCCUUGAUGGAACGAUCGGGGGAUCGUCGGACAAUGAUUUCGAAUGCAUUGCUGUUCUCAGUGGGCACGAGGGAGAUGUAAAGUGCGUUCGUUUUGCUGAAUCCCAUGGCCAGUGGGGUGAUGGCGACGAAGUACUUCUGUCAGCUGGAUACGAUGAUACGAUAAGAGUCUGGGCGGAAGAUUCUGGGGAUUGGUAUUGUGCGCUUGUGAUCGAGGGGAUACACGCAGAUACCAUAUGGUCAUUAGCUGUUGCACCAGGAUCUGGACGAAUGGUCUCAUCCAGUGCAGACGGCAGCAUUGCGAUCAUGAAAAACUUUACCAUUUUGGAAAGAAGGGAAAUGUUUCCCGAUCAGUCGAGUUGCUCAAACGGUUUCUGGAAAUGCGUUGGUAAAUUAGGAGAUGCUCAUUCGUCGACUGUCUACAGUGUCGAUUAUGCUCCUGCAAGAGCUGGACAUGGAAGGAUAGCUUCUGCAGGCGGAGACAACAGAGUUCAAAUAUAUCGAGAGGUGAUGGGUAGUACCAGUGAUGCACCUCUAUUUACCGUUGAUUCAUCCCUUCAGAUUGGACAUGGUGAUAUCAACUGCGUUCGAUGGCACCCUUCGGAUGGUUCCAUCCUCUGUGCAGCGUGUGAUGACGGUUCCGUUCGGAUUCUCAAGUUUCUAGUCUAG